CACACCGUGAGAGACGUGAAGCAUUACAAACAUUUCUGAGCUCAGUGAGGAUAGCCGCAUUGUUGCUCUUUGCAAUAAUCCUCCAAAUGUGGGACUCCAAAUGUGUUGAAGAUGGAAUUUGCUUGUAAAUAUGUUUAUGUGCCUCCGUCACUGACUGUCCUGCAACCCAACACUAACGGGAAACGCUCAGCUCUCCUCCCUCCUGUUACCUGGGUUCGUCCUCUUUAUGCCCCUCCUCCACCUCCAGCAGAUUCUGCAAAAGCCACUAAAGAAGAGGAACCCCACAUUUAUGAAACCAAGAUCGACUUUUUUGAAAAGAAUGAAGAGGCGAAGGCCACGAAGUCCACGUUCCACUAUGAAAAUUCUGAAUUUCUAAAGAAAUCAGAGGCACCUUCUUCCAAAAGUGUUUUUUAUCUGCCGACACCAGUUCAUCAAAAGCCAGCAGCCCUUCUUCCACCACAUAAGAAACCUGCAGCAAAUACUGUUUUUUAUGUGAGUUCCAAYGACACCAACAACGAGUCGCUCAAAUGCGAUGAGCCGAAACAAGAACUGGAUCCAAGCUACAGCCGCAUCGUACCAGAAGGCUCAGGUGGAGAAGCGAAACUACCGGCUAAUGCUGAACCUGUGUCCACUUCAGAACUAAUACCAAUUUAUUUGGAGGUGUUGCCCUCAUCCAAUCUAUCCGCCUCAUGCUCUCAGUCAGUUCCUUCACCCACGCCAACUGCCCCAUCAUCUAUAUUUAAAGCGAAACAAAACAAGAAGCCACUGCCAGGAAAUCCCAAUGUGAUCCUUGUCAGUUUAGGAAAACUGCUCUCAGAGGAAAAAGUGCAAGUCAUACAAAGAAAUCCUGCCUCUUGCUCCAACUGUGGCUCGGUGUUGGACAGCUGCUGUGACAAUAAGACGAUUAAGGUGUGCUACUUCUGUCAGACCAAGGAUUCGACCAGUUCUGCUAAGCCAGCCAAGGGUUCUGGAAACAUUCACCGGGAUGAGGUCUUCCUGCUGAACCCUGGUGUACAGACCUCGUGUGCUGCGGAGACCCUGCUGAUCUUCUGCAUCGACACAUCAGGAUCCAUGAACUUCACAUCCGAUGUGCCAAAUAGAAAUAGUGACACAGCCAGGCUCCAGUUUGUCCAAGAAGCCGUACUACGUUGUGUCCAGAGACUGAGUGAACAACAACCUGACGUCCGGGUGGGACUCAUCACCUUCAGCUCUCAGGUGAUGAUACACGGGCAUGAGAAAUGUAACUCCCUCCUUCUGAGCGGCGAUGAGCUGAACGACAGCGAAUACUUGAAGGAGGCAGCAGCCGCUUUUCCCAGUCCACCUCCACUUUCACAAACCAAAGAAUACUUACAGAGACAAGUCAUGGGUUUAUCUGCAAAUGGACACACAGCUCUGGGUCCAGCUGCUCUCCUCGCAAUCACAAUGGCCUCCAGACAUCCAGGCUCAAAGGUGAUUAUCUGUACAGACGGGAAAGCCAACACUAAGCUGGGGAAUCUAGAGGUGGAAGACGACAUUUUCACCCUCCUCUCAUCCACCAUCUUCUACCAGGACCUGGGAGAGGCUGCUGCUAAUCAGGGCGUGACAGUGUCUGUGCUGUCCAUAGAAGGAACAGACUGCAGGCUGGAUGAGCUGGGACGACUCGCUGACCGCACCAGAGGGAAAGUGGUGACAGCCAAMCUCAACCGGCUGCACUCGGAGUUCGAAGAGAUAAUUCAGAACAGGACCAUCGCCACACACUGUGCAGUAACGUUGCUGCUGCCCAAAUCACUGCGAAUGAGGGGAGAGAAGGAGGCCGGACACARAGGGACCAGAGAGGUGGGGAACGUGGACCCAGAGACGGAGAUCACCAUGCAGUUUGGAGCCAAUGAGCGAGACGCAGAAGCGCCUGCAUUGAUUUCUGGCAGCCCAGUGUUCAUCCAGCUGCAGAUCAGGUACAUGAGGAACAAYGGCCAGAUGCUGCUGAGAGUGAUGACUGCAGAGCAAGACAUUAAUGAUGACAGCUCGGCGGUCCUGGCCUCCCUGUCCCUCGCCAUCCUCCAGCUCAACUCGCUGCAGGCCAGCGCCUCUCUGGCCGUCAGAGGCCGCCUCAUGGCCGCCAAGAAGGAGGGAGAGCUGCAGCAGAAGCUUAUCGAGAGGGCGAUAGAGUACAAUCGCAGUGCGGGGAACAAUCAGACAUCCAGCGACUGGCUGCCAACCAUAGAGCCGAUAUACAAGAACAUCCAGAACUUCACAAGGAACAGUUCUGUCAUUUCUGACACGCAGUCUCUAACGGAYGCCGGCGCGGCGCUGCUCUUCACCAUAAAGCACAGCAACAGGAAGUCCAUUUACCAGCAGCUCCCCAGAAGCAGCUCAAUUCAYUGGUGAUGAAGCUGAAUGCUGCAUUUGGGCCAUCGUUUUCUGUCUAAAUGAAAAUAUUUAAUGUAUAUAAAAAUUGUUUGUGUCAAAAAAUGGUGCGAAAGUACACAGUAUGGUUGUUUUUGCACUGAUCAAAACACAAAUAUAAAUUUAUCCAAUAUAAAGUGUCUCAACUAAUCUAUA